GGUGGUUAGACCUAAAAAUAAAAAAAAAAUAAUUAAUAAUUUUAAUCAUUUUUUGCAUCAAAAUAUUAUUUUGUGAUUUUAUUCAUUUGUUUUUGCCGUUGUGGAAAAAUGUUUGCAAAAUUACUAUCUGGCACCGAGCUUUCUCAAGAAAUUCGGGAUCGUCUCAAAACUGAAGUUGAAGACCUCAAGAAAAAACUUCCAGGAUUCGCUCCUGGUCUUGCGAUUGUGCAAGUAGGUGGACGAGAAGAUUCUAACGUCUACAUUCGCAUGAAAAUCAAAGCUGCCAAUGAAAUUGGCAUCGAGGCACGUCACUUGCAAUUCGAUCGAAGCAUCACCGAGGUUGAGCUCGUCAAUGAGUUGAAUAAGCUCAACAAUGAUCCCAAAAUACAUGGAAUUAUCGUCCAAAUGCCAUUGGAUUCGGACAACAAGAUAGAUUCCCAUUUGAUUACGGAUACUGUUUCGGCAGAUAAAGAUGUCGAUGGUUUGAACACCAUAAGCGAAGGACGAGUAGCUAUCGGGGAAAUGACUGGAUUUUUGCCAUGUACCCCAAAUGGUUGCAUUGAAUUGAUUAAGCAAACAAAUAAAAAGAUAGCUGGUGCAAAUGCCGUUGUUCUCGGUCGCAGUAAAAUUGUUGGAACGCCAGUUGCUGAAUUGCUGAAAUGGCAUGAUGCCACCGUUACUGUUUGCCACUCCAAAACGAAAAACUUGAGUGAUAUUACUCGUCGUGCUGAUAUUUUAGUUGUGGGCAUUGGACGUCCCGAAAUGGUCAAAGGUGCUUGGAUCAAGCCUGGAGCCGUUGUCAUCGAUUGUGGAAUCAAUGCUAUUCCAGAUGAUACGAAAAAGAGCGGUCAACGACUCGUGGGAGACGUUAACUUUGACGAAGCCAGAGAACAUGCUUCAUUCAUCACUCCGGUACCUGGAGGGGUGGGACCAAUGACUGUGGCUAUGUUAAUGCAAAACACUGUUCAGUCUGCGACGAGAGCUGCUAACAAACUGUUGAACAUGGAGUGGAAUUUGAAAACGCUUCCUUUGAAAAUACAAAGUCCAGUGCCAAGUGACAUCGCCAUUUCUCGCGCACAAGAGCCCAAAAACAUUGCCGAUGUAGCAGCCGAAAUAGGACUUUUCCCUAACGAGGUCUCUUUGUAUGGCACAAAAAAGGCCAAGAUUUCGUUGAACGUCUUAAAACGUUUGGAGAAUGCGGAAGACGGUAAAUAUGUCGUUGUUGCUGGUAUCACGCCAACUCCACUGGGUGAGGGCAAAAGUACUACGACAGUUGGUCUGGUACAAGCAUUGGCGGCUCACAAACGCGUCAACGCAAUCGCUUGUUUGCGUCAACCCUCGCAAGGUCCGACAUUUGGCAUCAAAGGAGGUGCCGCAGGCGGUGGAUAUGCCCAAGUUAUCCCCAUGGAAGAAUUCAAUCUGCAUCUCACCGGGGAUAUUCACGCCAUUACUGCAGCGAACAAUCUUCUUGCUGCCCAACUAGAUGCACGUAUGUUCCAUGAGUCACAGCAAACUGACGUCGCAUUGUACGACAGACUUGUACCAAAAAUCAAUGAAACUCGUACUUUCUCGAAAAUUCAACUGCGAAGAUUGCAAAACUUGGGAAUCGAUAAGACGGACCCGAAUGCCCUGACACCCGAUGAAAUUCACAAAUUUGUUCGGUUGGACAUCAAUCCACAUAACGUUGUGCUUAAUCGCGUAAUUGACACGAACGAUCGUUACUUGCGAAAAGUUACAAUUGGGUUGUCUCCAACGGAAAAAGCCGUUACGCGUGACGCCAGUUUCUCCAUAACAGCUGCCAGUGAGAUUAUGGCGAUUUUAGCUUUGGCCAAAAACUUGGACGAUUUGAAGGAGAGGUUGUCGAAAAUGGUUGUUGCCUUUAAUAAAUUAGGAAAACCCGUUACUGCUGACGAUCUUGGAUGCACCGGAGCCAUGGCUGUCCUUCUAAAGGAUGCAAUUGAACCCAAUUUGAUGCAAACUCUUGAAGGUACUCCCGUUCUCGUGCAUGCUGGACCAUUUGCCAAUAUCGCACAUGGCUGUAACUCAAUUGUCGCUGACGAAAUUGCUCUCAAAUUGGUUGGAAAGAACGGAUAUGUGGUCACUGAAGCUGGUUUCGGAUCUGACAUUGGAUUCGAGAAAUUCUGCAAUAUCAAGUGUCGUGCUUCCGGUAAAAAGCCACAUGCAAUGGUCUUGGUAGUGACGAUUCGGGCGUUGAAAAUGCAUGGUGGUGGUCCAAAAGUAGAGCCUGGAAUCCCUUUGAAGAAAGAAUACACAGAAGAGAAUCUGGAUUUGGUGCAAGAAGGUCUUCCAAAUAUGAUUAAACACAUCAUGAAUGGCACAGCACACGGCAUUCCUGUCGUUGUAGCUAUCAACAAACAUGCUACCGACACUGAAGCCGAAAUUGAACUGGUUAAAAGAGUUGCCUUAGAUUAUGAUGCCCAUGCUGCUGUAUUUACCGAUGGAUGGGCUCAAGGUGGAGCUGGAGCAGUUGAGCUAGCCGAUGCCGUUAUCGAAGCAUGCAAAAAAGAAUCUCAAUUUAAAUUCUUGUACGAUCUGGAUAUGUCAAUUGAAGAAAAGAUUCACACUAUUGCCGGCGAAAUGUAUGGAGCCGCAAGUGUUGUGUUUAGUGCAAAAGUAAAGGAAACGAUUCGAGCAUACACAGAAAAGGGGUAUGGAAAAUUACCAAUUUGCAUGGCAAAGACGCAAAACUCGUUGACUGGCGAUCCAGCUAUUAAAAAUGCCCCAACAGGAUUCAAAUUGGUUAUCAAUGAUAUGUUUGUGUCAACUGGAGCUGGCUUUAUUGUCCCUGUUGUAGGUGAGAUUAGUCGAAUGCCCGGUUUGCCAACACGACCCAGCAUUUAUGACAUCGAUUUGAAUACAGAGACAGGAGAAAUUGAGGGUUUGUUUUAAAGAUAAACCACUUUGUUGUUCUUUUGAUAGUCGGUUACGAAAUAAAUUGUGUGUAUUUUCUGUUUUGAAA